AUGGGUUGGCACUCUCUCCCAAGGGUGGCAGACGUUUACACGCCUUCAGUUGUCUCGGAUUGUUCAGGCGGACCAGCAUGCGAGCCAGAGCAAGAGCGCAGUAGGGCAUCAAGGGGCAUAGUGCUGCUGGCGGCAAGCAUGGUCCGAUAUAUGCAACUGGCAGGCAGCCGCGAGUUACAGGAGACGAGACGAGACGAGACGAGACGAGACGAGGGAGAUCUCAAGUCGAGCAGCGGCGGCCACGGAUGGCGGUUCGGGACGAAGUGUACAAGUUGGCAGGACAGGACAUGGGUGGCACUGCCUGAUGCGCAUCCCUGCGUCGCCCGAUCGCCAGCGCCCAUAGCGCUCCGCCGAGGAGCGCUGCGGGCUGCGGGUUGCGGGAGGGAAGGCGUGGGACAGUCGAGGCAGAGGAUCGUUCCAGGCGGGAGCGCCAUCGCGGGACCGAACUCACGCGUGCUGCGUGCGUGCUUGCGCGCGGCGUGGCAGGAGCAAUCAUCAGUAUGCCCGUCCAGUGCCAGUGCCAGGGCCAGGGCCGUGACGGUGACGGUGACGGUGACGGAUGCGGCGCUGCAUCGCCCGCCCAGCGAUGAUGCGAUACAACGCGCGAAACAGCACAGCACACAGCACACAGCACCGCAGCAACGAGUCUCGUGGCCGGCUCGCACAAAAGCCCGCCUGCCGCACGUCGGCCUGCUGCGCGCACAGAUGGCGGAUGGCGGUCGCAGACGGAUGGCCUUGUGGAGCAGGUGCUGGCGAGGGAGCCGCUGCACAACGCUUCCACUAGCAGAUCCCAGAUCCCUUCCAUUGGCCUCGCCCCUGCACUAUACUCCCAAUGGCAGCCUCGGGAAGCAUCUUCUGCCUCUCUAUUGCUCGCCCAUCGGCGACAUCGUCACGGCACGGCACUGCACUGCACUGCGCGCUGCUGUUCCUGCCCCCAGCAUCACCAUCAGCUGGCCGUCAAUAGCGCAUCUGCUGUCCUGUAUUUGCGCUGUCCAUUCGCACCCGCACCCGCACCCGCACCCGCACCCGCACCCGCACACGCACACGCACCCUGCCCUUUCUGGCCCUGAUUUGACAAAUGGCCCUACCUCGAUCUUCCAAACCUUGGAAAUUGAUCGUCCCUGUCCGAGACACGCCUCGCGCCCUUUUCCCUUCGCAUCGUCGCCGUCUGCCAGACAUCUGAAGCUUAGCGCCCACGAGCAAAGCAAAAGCCGCGCUGCAGGAGAGGCUCCAUGUGUACUGAUUGGUCCAUCCAAUCCCGACGCCGCACUCCGCCCUUCACUCCCGCUCGCCUCCACAAUCUACCACGACCCUCAACGCUUCCCUGCUGCUGCAUGUCUGCCCUGGCCCUGCGCACUACUUUUCGCCCUCUUCCGGCAGAACCAGGACGUCGCGCUGUACAUGUACAGUACACUCCCUGCAUGGCCGGCGGCGCUGCCUUGGUACCUGAAAACGUUAUUUGGACUUCGACUUGUGUUCCCGGACGUCGGACCUGCUGGAAUCCAUCGCAAAAGUGAUGGAUGCCACGCAACUUUGUCUCGGUUCGUGAGAAAGCCAAGUGUCUCUGAACGCCGCCCACGGAAUCAGCCUGGCCCGUCAAAUCUAGACCCGCACUUGAGAGCAGCUAUCUUAACACCUCUCGUUGGCCUACUGGCCUAUAAAUCCACUACAUACACUACUACUCUGCUCUGCUCUGCUUCUUCGUGUAAGCUGUUGGGAUCUGGGGAGAUUUACCAUGCUCCUUGCCAAUCAUACGGCAAGGCGCGAUUCGCAGGCCUCAUGAGCCCGCUCCACAUUGCCAUUCGACAGGUGCAAGCUUCCCAUGACUUUGCUUGGAAUGGGCCGAGUGGGAUCCAUUAUUCUCCGAGCGACCGCCAGCCUCAUCAAUCAAUGACUUGCCGCAUUCGAAGACUGGCCAUGACAGGCUUUGGAUCCUUUUGUGGAAUUCCAUACAUCAUCCAUUCAAGGACAUGCGAAGCCUACAUUACCCGUAUCCUCGCCGGAACUUGGGGCCUAGUCCAUUUCCGCAGAAGACUUCAAAUGUUUCCCUACUCUUCAAGCAGCAUCCAUCAUGGAUCCUGUGCUACACCGCCAGACACUCGACCAGGACUCCAUCGAACGUUUGCGAUGAUGAACGAUCGAGCACUGGAGACAUUGCGCCCAACUUUCGAUCGAGCGUUGCAUUUCCAUGUCUUCACCAACUCGAACCUUUGGACUCCAUGGCUAAUGUUGUUGUUGCAUUUCAGAUACACUCAAGACCGUGUUCCGCCACGCACAGGCUCCAAUUGCUUCCAUCAUGACGAUGCAAAGAAGAAGCAUAAGUUACACUUUGCCCUCCUCCAGGCUCUAUUUCUGAAGCAAACGCAUGCAAUCGAAGUGUUACACUGCCGCAAGAUCCCAAACACCAAUCUUGCCAUUGUCGUCGCACUGCAUGGGUCUCAAUUUUUCUGGUUGACUCGUUGUGUCGAACAGGUAUGUAGGUUGUUGUACUUGGACGAGGAAUAUGACGGUAAUAAAACUACAAUGCUCAUCAAAGAUCGUGGUGCAACAAAAACCACAGAGGGCAUCGUCACGAAGCUUGCAUCAACCCUGUUCGUGCAGAACACCUCCGAACCAGCGGAUUUUCGCUUUCCUUUCUGCCACGAAAUAUUCGACCCGAACGAAAAUAAUAAUGAGGAAGAGAUUGGCCAUCAGCCGGGCCCGCAGGCUCAUUCUGCAUGCACGUUCUGCCACUUUGCGCGAAACAGCCCCAGCUUACUGAGAUCCUGUCGGUCGCGCAACGUUUAUUAUCCAGGCUCAGGUGCAUGUUGCGUAAUGCGCGGUGUUUGGGUAAUUUUCGGCAGCUAUCGGCAGUCAGGAACCACGUCAGCCCAAUACAUGUACUAUGUACACGCUGCGUGGGCAGUGGAUGAUCCAGGUCGCCAUACGGUUUUGGCGUUUCUAUCCGGACGGGCCACCGACGACAUGAGCACUCUGAUGACCGACACAGCGAAGUAA